GUGUGUUUAUACAUGAGCGUGUAAGGGAAAGAGAGCGAGACAGAGACUGUGUGUGUGUUUGUGUUUGUGUGUGUGGGUGUGUGUGUAUGUGUGUCAGCAAAAGAGGAAGAGAGACCAAAAGCUGCUGACAAACAUAUUAUAAUGAUACUUUGUAUUGUGGAGUUCAAAGCUUUUGGAUUAACAAAUCACUGGAUUGUACAGAACAGGAGAGAGCCUGCAGAUCAUGGAAUAUAUGAGUACUGUGUCUGCACUGCAAAACCAGUCACAACACAGCAACUCCAGCCAGGUCACUGGGAGACCUACGGAGUACAGUGAUGCUGAGGUCGUGCUGCUGGGGGUUUUAAUGGCCAUUCUCGUUAUGGCCAUAGUUUUUGGUAACAUAUUGGUGAUUACAGCCAUCCUGCGGUUCCAACGGCUUCAGACAGUCACCAACCUCUUCAUUGCCUCCCUGGCUGUUGCUGACCUCAUCAUGGGCGUAGCUGUGGUCCCCUUUGGCUCCAGCUACAUCCUGCUAGGAGCGUGGCAAUUUGGAAACUUCAUGUGCGAGUUCUGGACAGCAACUGACGUGCUGUGUGUGACGGCCAGUAUUGAAACACUGUGUGUGAUUGCUCUGGACCGUUACCUCGCCAUCACCUCGCCGCUCCGUUACCCAACUCUGCUCACGAGGGGUCGGGCCAUUGCGGCAAUCCUAGUGGUUUGGAUAGUGGCUUCCCUCAUCUCUUUCCUGCCCAUCCACCUGAAGUUGUGGGUGGCUAGCGAUGAAAAGGCUGCCCGGUGCUUGAAAGACAAGUACUGCUGCGAUUUUAACACCAAUGUACCAUACGCGGUGUCGUCCUCAAUCGUGUCAUUCUACCUGCCACUGGUGGUGAUGAUUUUCCUGUACACCCGGGUGUUCCAGGAGGCCCAGAAACAGCUGGAGAAGAUCAGAGGGAGGGAGAGACACUUCUAUAACUUGCAUGACACUGCACAGCUGGCCGAUGAUAGCCCUGCAAUGAAUAAACUCAGGGCAGGAACUAAGAUGGGAGAACAAACGGGAGAGGACAGACUAAACAUGCAGAAAAUAGGAGGUAUACACACUGGAAAGGAGGACAGCAAGCAAAAUGAAGGAGAGAACAAAGCAAGGACAGAAAAACACUCAGCCACAAAACGUCUUAAGUUCUGCCUUAAGGAGCACAAGGCUGUGAAAACUCUGGGGAUCAUCAUGGGAACCUUCACGCUGUGCUGGCUGCCCUUCUUCAUCCUCAACAUCCUCAUGGCCUUCGUCCAGUUGAAUCACAUUCAACUGGUCUUCAGACUCCUAAACUGGCUAGGAUACUCCAACUCAGCUUUCAACCCGCUCAUUUAUUGCCGCAGCCCCGACUUCAGGCAUGCUUUUCAGGAGAUACUCUGUUUCAGGGGCAGGAGGGGAAACAGGGGAGGGAGGAGAGGAUGGGGUUGGUUCAGAGAGAAGAAUAGUUACUCGAAGCCCUCCAAUCGGACAAUAGGAAACACAGAUCUGAGUUGUGUUAGAGGAUUGGAUGUUCAGCUGAGAUCAGGGUGGAAGGGCAGUUUGGAGAGCUCUAUUCGAGACAGCUCAUUGACUCUGGAUCCUGCAACACCUUGCUCUGAGCAUGUUUUAGAGGUAGCUCCGGGUUCUCUGACAAACUGGCAGACUAACAGUUCUGCUAAUGGGAGCCAUAAGGAAAAUCUGGCUUCUAUUGCUUGACCAAUUCAAAUAUUGUACUUUACAUUAUGUGUACAAAGCCGUGCAGUAAACAGCACUUUGAUGAAGCUUGUAAUGUUUAUUCGUGGUUGGAGAAUUACUCAACCUUUUGCUCUUUUAUGAGGCUGUAACUUGUUGCAUUGUUAGAUAAUAUUCCGUUAUGUGUUCUUAAUGUCACUGGGUGUACUUGCAAUUACUGUUCCUCUUUGCUGCUGCAGUAUUGAUAAUUCCUGUUUUUGUUAUGUAGAUCACAACUACCAAGGCAGCUACACAAGUGAAACUUUAAAAGAGGUCUGUCUUAUACCUCAAAAUGCAUUUUCAAGGCAAAAGGUAAAAAAGAGGCCAAUUAGUUGAUAGUUACAUUGCUGGUCCAUCAGUCUAGAUGUAUGCAAAAUGUGUAGUAUCAAAAAUCCUAAAAGUGCACUAGAAAAGUGAAAUCUAACUUUAUGAGCUUCAACAGACUGGUGCUUACAACAUGGCUAGUGUAUUAGAAAAUUGUUUAUUUUGUCAACCACGCUGUUAAUGCCAAAUGGAUUACAGAUAGAUGAUUUUAUAAUGGACUGCAUAUAAAUGAAAUGCUACUGAAAUAAAGGACAAAUAGGAUGUUCUGCAGUAAAGAAAUGAGAUGAUUAUACUGGAUAAUGAAAUGCCAACAAAAGUAAUAAAAUAUGCAUUCUCAGAGAUGUUCCUUUACUGGCAGCAGUCGAAUGGGAAAAAUCAAAAAGUAGCUAUUGCUUAGAAAUCCAAAGAAAUGAGCUUUGACAGGAAGGUUGCUGGUUUAAAUUCCUGCACACUGUAAAAGGGAACCAU